GGGGCCUGGCGGAGCCUGCGCCCUGUGGACCGGAGCCAUGGCGGACGGCGGCCGCGCCGCCCAGGCUCGCGCGCUGCUGCAGCAGUGCCUGCACGCUCGCCUGCAAGUGCGCCCGGCCGAGGGGGACGCCGCGGCGCAGUGGGUGGAGAUUCGGAGAGGACUGGUGAUCUAUGUGUGUUUCUUCAAGGGAGCUGACACAGACCUUCUUCCCAAAAUGGGAUUGGUAUCAGCUCACCCAGCGAGCAGAAGCAGAACCAGGAAGCACAGUAAUCAAUCUUCCCUCCAGUGGGGAGAUGUGCACCACAAAGCCAGUGUGGAGGUCAAAGGACAUCUUGCAUGGAUUUGCAUCGUUCCUUCCAUCAUGUGGGUCCUGGGUACUGAAUUCAGCCUUCACAUAGUGCUGUGCCUGCAGCCAUGGAGGUUUGCCAGUGGCAGAGACACUCCUGAUGCCUUAGUGAUGAGGGAAUGAAGGUGGGAGCUACAAGAAGCAAGUUAGCACAGCAGCACCUGCUUUACCAUGGCAGAUGACUCCAGAAGAGUGCUAUGCAACAAAAGCGAAGGAUUUGUGUAUUUUCUCAAUUUUCACUCUGUAAUAUCUUUCUAUUAUAGCACAGCUGUAUUUGUAUGAAAGCUUUGUCUAUAAAAAAAAGUGUUCAUAGAGACAUAGAUUUGAACCUUCUGUAAAAUUAUGAAACAAAAAUAUGUAAAUUAUGUUUACAAAGAUGAGUUUUGAUGCAACAAGCUUUAUUAGCACCACCCCCAUCUAACCUCAGAAUAAAGCAGUUUUGUGGUAUACAACACAAACAGCAAAUGCUGAGAUAAAAAUCAUCCUUCUUUUUGUUUUAGAUAAGGUCUCACUCUGUAGUCCUGGCUGGCCUGGACCCCACUAUGUAGAUCAGGCUGCCUGUGAACUCACAGAUAUGUUCCUUCUCCACCUCUCAAGUGAGGCUAAUAAUAAUAAUAAUAAUAAUAAUAAUAAUAAUGCCUUAAUAAAGGCGUGCAUUACCACAAUGACAUGGCUUUACUUUUAACUGAUUGCUGUUUUUUGUUUUGUUAAGAAAUUUGUUUCGGGGCUGGAGAGAUGGCUCAGUGGUUAAGAGCACUGUCUGCUCUUCCAAAGGACCCGGGUUCGAUUCCUAGCACCCACAUGGCAGCUCACAACUGUCUGUAACUCCAAUUCCAAAGGAUCUGACACCUUCACACUGAUGUACAUAAAAUAAAAUAAAUUAAAAAAAAUUGUUUCAAAGGGACUUAGGAAAAGAAGGGAUUCACCAAGAAAGAAGGUCCCCAUGCUAGGUAAGCCGCAAGCCAGGACAGGACACCUUGAGGGCAUCAGAGACCAAGAGGAGACUGGAGACCUCGAGAGAUAAGGUAGCCAAACAACUGGAAGGUGGAGAGGGGAAACUGGCUCCCUGCUGGGGAGUCUUUCCAGACCCCUGGUUAUUGCAUGAAGCCUCAGAACCGCUAGAGUGGAGGAGAGACAAUAGGCCCCCAAAAGGCUCCUUACGCCCUCAAAAGAACCUCCUUUGGCUGCCUGCCGUGAGUGUCAGAGGGACCAGGGGCAGCAAACUCUGCCUACCCCACCAGGGCCUGUGAACUGGAGUCUCCAGGCAGUCCUUCCAGAUAGCAGUAAAAGCUGGUGAGUACAAUAGCCAUAGCAUCUGUGUCUCAGGCUUCACAGGGGUGGGCCAGGACUGAGCAGCAAUCCCAGCUGGAAGGAGGGCACUGGGUGUCCAAGCCCUAGGUGAGAGUCUGAGCCCCAAGGGGAGGGCCCCACUGAGCUCUGAAAGCAGCAUGGUCACUGGUGGUGGGCAAGGUCUUCCGGUGGGUGUUGGUAUGAGACACUGGUCAUGUUCAAAGGGGUUUUGCUGAUGGACACUAGAAGCCUAGGCUUCAAAAGGCCUGAGUGAGCAGGGACUUGGUGAGAGAAAAGAGGGUUCAUAACAAUGUGGAGUCAGAAAGGGGACAGAAAAAAAAGAAGGUGACCACAGGACUCCAGGAAAUCAGUGUGUCCCUUAAAACCCUGGAGAACACAAGAUGGUCUUCUAGAGCAGGGCCCGGUGGUGCAAGUCUUUGCUCUCAACACUUUGGAGGCAUGCAGAUCUCCCUGAGUUCAAGGUCAGCCUGGUCUACAGAGUGCCAGGCAAGCCACAGUUACACAGUGAGACUGUGACUCAAACAAAGAAAUGUGGGGCACUUAGGUUUAAAUACAGGUUAAGUAUGUCAUAAGCAAGAAAAUCCACAAAGGUCAUGUUAUUAAAAAAAAAGAAGACGAAGAAGAAGAAGAAAGAAAAGAAAAAAAAAUGUGGCUGUAAGCUGUGUGUGGUAGCGCAGGCAUUUAAUUCCAGCAUGGGGGAGGGGGGUGACCACUUGUGACCCAUCACCUAAGUAGAGCGGAUUGGACAGGCCCGGGUCCAGCUUGAACUUCUCUUUCAGCCACUGGCUUCCGUCACUGUCGGAAGCCUUCCCCUCCCCUAUGCUGAUCUCUUCUCAUAGCUUGAGCCUACAAGGGGCUAAGGCAGCCCCCAACGUGCCCCAGAAACCCGAUGCCAUGGGCUGAUACUGGUGCUGUGGACUGAGCGUACCCUUUACCAGAUUUUUCAGUGUAGACUAUUUGCACUGUGUUAGCCAGCAUCUUACCCUGCAGAAGCUUAAUACAGUUUGACCUAGUUAGCCUUUCACCUGAAAACAAAAAGAACUAAUAUAUUACAUCCUAUGUAGCAAAAUUUAUAUAUUAUAUCCUAUGUAGCAGAACUUAAGAGCCUGUUGAGGAGUGGGAAAGAAAUUGUGAAGUUUUCUGAUUUUCAUGGUUUUGAUGUUGUUGUUUUGGUUUAUUUAUUUAUUUAUUUAUUUAUUUAUUUAGAGAAGUUUCUUUUUAAGGAUGUGUCUGACUAUGCUAGCAAAAUGUAAUUCUUGGGACCAGAUUUGAGGUCCUAUUUAUUUGAACUUUGUAUGACUGUGGAU